AUGUUAAGUGAGUCGAAUAAAAAAACUGGCUAUAAAAAGUUAAACAGAGACUUAUUGAAUUUUCAUACUCAAUUUGAGUCAUUGAAAUCAUCUCCUCAAACAAUGAUGGCAGUGGCAAAAAACAUAAUUUUGGCACGUGGUUUGACUUUACGAGUGAAUACUAAUAUUAAAAUUAUCAGAUCAGAACUAUAUAUUCCAGAGUUAUUGUCGGAAUACAAUCAUUUUGUAAGAAACGUUUAUAAUUACGAAAAAGAAACGUAUCAGAGAUGGAUGAAAGAUGCUAAUAAAUUCGAAAAACAUUACCUGAGGAAUAAAAACGAUUUGAUGUUUUUUGAUGAAAAUAAACUUGUAUCUAGAUUUAAUAAAGAAAUAUUUUGCUUCAUGAACACAGUGCGUCAUCUACUACUUCUAAAAUUUGAUAUGCCGAAGGAUUUGAUGAUUUUAGUUGAGAGUCGAUAUGAUAUAUAUUACAACAAAUUCCAAAUAGACAAGCUCGUAGGAUUAUACAAUGAAUUCGUAGAUAAAAUAAGCAAAGACGCUCCAGUUCUUUUAGUAAUGAACUCUUGGUGCGAUCAAAUAAAGUUUCAUUUACAACCCGGGUUUGAAAAGAAAAACUCGCUUGUAACAAUGAAGUUGCCUCAAUUCAUAGAAAACAGUUUCAAUUGUUUAAAACAAAUCAACAGCAUUUUAUCUAUUAUUAAAUCAUAUGAAAAAGACAUAACUAAAACCAUUGAGUUAAUUGAAAAUCUAACGUUCUUUCCGACAGAUUUUUACGAAGAAAAUAACAUAUUAGAUAUUUCAGAAACGUUUGAUAAAUUCAAGGCACGAAUAAAUGGAAACGUCGCGGUCAUAACCGGCGCAAUGACCUAUAUAGCACAAGGGAUAAAUUUAAUAGAACAUACCUGUUUUGGUACAGCAACGGGUUGUCAUAAGCGUAUGCGUUUAUACUACGAAAAAUACGAAAAUGCAUUAUUUGAUGCUUUUACCAGGUUUAAAAAAUUCAGGUUUCUGAGUGAAAAACAAGAUGAAUUAAUAAUUCGUCGGUUUACUGAGACUAAUCCAACACUAGAUGACUACAACGAAAAAAUCGGAUUUUUCAUCUCGCUUUACAAAAUGAUCGAGGAAUACAAAUACAUGGAUCUGGGUUGUGUUCGCUUGGACAAUACAAAGUUAAUAAACAAAUUUAUGGAACAAUGCCAAUUUUGGAUUUCGAUCUACGGGAAAAGUUUGAAAUCACAUUGCAAAACUAUUUUAACAACAUUUUUGGAAAGGAUUAUGGCAUUAGAAGAACAAUUAAACACUUAUAUUCGUAAUGAUGAAGAUGUUUCCGUUGUCUGCAAAGCUAUUGAAGAAAUAAAAAAAACAAAUAUUGAUGCGGAUAUCACAUUUAAAGAUAUUCAUAAUCGAUUUCAUUUAUUGGUGAAACAUAAUAUAAUUAUUCCAAAGGAACAAUUUUCCAUGUUUAAAAAAAUAAAAACGAAUUGGGAAAAUUUGUAUAUUGAAGCAUUGGGUAAGAAUUUUUGCAUCGAAGACGCGAAAAAUAGACUUCUAAAAUCGAAUAAAAAAUAA